AUGUCGAACCCCACCAAUAAUGCGCAGCAAGAAAUGGAGGAUGUGGACAUGAUGGACGCAUCCCCAUAUGGCUCGCCUCAGGGAGCUUUACAAGCUCAUACGUUCUCUGGCAUGGAUCUGAGCAAUCCCCACCGAGGCUAUACUCCGGAGGGCAUGAAGAAAAUAGUGCCUUUUGCCGGAAGUGAUUUUCCUGGAUCCAACACUCAAUUCCUUCACCCACCUAAGGAGAAAAUGAAAUUACCCUUGUCCGUUAUGGCUCGACACGCCUGCCAGAAAGUCCCCGGCCAGAAAUCUUUUCACUUCUCUGCCAACUCCGAACGUCAGCAGCAAUCGACUGGCCCCGUGCUUCCCCGCGUGACAGAGAUCCAGGCUUAUCGCACGCCGACCCCAUACAAACCAGCCUCGACCACCUAUGGCCCUGGCCUUGAUACCUUCAACCAUGAUCGUCUCUCAACCAUGAUCUCCAGCAACAGGGAGCUCUACAAGCUGUCCAAUAACAAGCUGUACGGUAGCAAGAUGUACGAUCCGAAGAAGUGGAACACUAAGGAACUCGGCCUUACCGGGCAGGCGCAGGGCUCCCAGAAGUGGAACACCACUCAGAAUUCUUCUUUGACUGGCUUCAAGCCUACUGCACGACCUUUGGUUUCCCAGAAUACCAGUCGUGAUUCGUCUUUUAGUAGCUUCGACACCCAAAAGUCCACGGAUGAUGGCAAAGAAAAUAGCUUUGACUCCGUGACCUCUGUGUCAACAGCACCGUCGUACCUUCCCCAGAAACCUCCUGUUGUUGGCAAAGCAACCAACGGGUUCGACACUCUCACUACUUCCUCGACUGCAUCAUCGCUUCAGCCUAGCAGGCUUGCCGCUAAUCGCAAACCGAAAACCCUUGCUGAACUGCAGGCUGAUCCAUCGUACCAACCUCCCCGAUUCUCUCAAGAAGAAAAGCAAGCCAUGCGAGCGGCGCGCUUGGAUCCACGCUCUGCUCCGUGGGCACCUCCUACUGUAGCCGAAGAGUUCGCACGCUCUUCAAGUAUGACAUACGAACCAUACAGACGUCCCGCUGAUGGUGGAGCGGCUAACGUCUCAGGCCCAUUCAAUGGCCUGUCGCACCAGCCUCGCGGUUAUUUUGCUGAUGACAGUGCCAAUUGUUUAUCCAACCCUUCUCCUGACUUCCCAAACAUUUUGGCUGGCGCCCCGAAUCAGCCUCGCGAUUAUUCUGCUGAUGGCAAUGCAAAUGGUUUCUUUAAUCCUUCUCUUCCCCCCCCGAGCGUCUUCGCUGGUCAGCCUCGCGGUUAUUCCGCUGAUGGCAAGGCGACUGAUACAUCAAACCCUCAUGGCCUCUCGAACCUCUUCGCUGGCCCGCCGAAUCAGCCUCGCGGUUAUUCCGCUGAUGGCAAGGCAACUGAUACAUCAAACCAAUUCAUUGACGCCUCGCAACAAGCUUACGAAAACCCUGCUGAUGGCAAAGCUACUGGUCUUUCAAACUUGUUCUCUACCCCGAAAUUCCACACUCGCAAACGCGGCAACGCAGACGACUUUAUGGCACUGUUUGGUACUCCAUCUUCCAACCUGCGCAAACGCUCUGUUGAUGAAGAGAUUCGGAGUGGAGAGCCCCAUACUGCGACUGCGGACGUUGCAAGUGGCUCCGCUUCGAAAUAUCGUCGUCUUAGUGGUGAUGAACCCAGCAUUGGUACUGCGGGCGGUGAGCCCACCACACCUGAUCACGUUCCAACUGUGGCGCAGCGCACUUCGUUUGCCUCACCCUCCCAGCCCGUCCUAGAGCAAACUGCAGCAUCUGCCACCCUCGGCUCACCUUCGAGCACUGCGGGUCCUGCAACUCCUGUGAAUGCACACCAGGCAACCAACUCAACUACCACAGACUCUGUACCAGGCUGCUGGCCGGUGACUCCUACAUCUACUCCCCACCAUUCCUUGCCCGACGUGGCCACACAUGCUGGAGGCGCCUUUAUGUCAGGUUCACUACCCCCGGCGCAGCCCGAGCACUCCAGCGCUCAGGACUCGCCAAACAAUGGAAAUAACGAAAUGCUGCCCAUGCGUCCUGCUGAAGGCGCAUGGAACAAUUAUUACGUUACCUUGCAACAGGCCUACCUCACCUUCCAACGCCAAAUGGCGCAGCCAGCUGCAAGUGUGUUUCGCGGUGCAUUCGGUGGUGCAAUGGCUGCUGCCAGUUCUGUAACCCAGCGGGUGAUGGGCAGUAACGUAACCCAAAGGGUGCUGGGCUAUGUUAGACAGCGCCGCCGUGAUCGCGCGCGUGCCCGUUCGCCUCCACCUGGCUCUUCACCUGUUCGCGCGAACACACGUAAUAUGUCUCCUGAACUACGAGAGCGUCUUCAUUCCAACCAAUGGAGAAGGGACCGAGGAUAUCCAGUAAAUGAUGAAUAUCCUUUCCCUGCACUCGCGUUCGACAGUCCUCAUAUUUCACCCACUCCAACUCCUUCGACUCAACAUGAGGCUAUCGAGUCACCGUCUACUCCUUCGAGUCAACUUCAGCGCGAGAUAAUUCAGUCAACAGUGACUAACACUGACUCUGAGCGUAAUCGCAAACAUCCUGCACACCCCGCUAUCCCGCAGACCCCAGAGCGGCCUCAAGCACCUAGGGCGGGUAUUCUGAAGCCCAGAAAUUCCCGCACUUUUCGCAACUCGAGCCAGCAAACCCAGGACAGAAUCCGCCGUACACGUGAGCUCAAUGAAGCACUACACAUUCAAGGCUUCGAUGCCUCUCUCAGAACUAGCCGCUCAAAGUCUGAGCAUAGGGUUCGCUUCCAAGAGCCUCUUGUCACUGUGUAUGAUUAUGAACCCCCGCUUACCCCGGAGCUUGCUCCGUAUCUUCACCCGUCUCUGAACAAUGAACAUCCGAACAUUGAACCUCCGAAAACCGGGCUUUCAAAGACCGAGUCUGCUGAAGCACUUGAAGAAGAACAGAAGGAGAACAUUGCCCCUGAGCUGCUCGUUGAACGUGAUUCUGUACCCCAGGAUGAUUUUGUUCCCCAGCAUGACCUUUUUGUCCAGCACGAUUAUGAUGUCGCGCGUGAUCACAUUCUCCAGGCGGAACUAUCUGCCCCUGCCGCUGUCGUUGAACCCAUUGAACCUGCCGAGCCUGCCGACCUUGUUGAACCCUUUGUGGACCCGUGGGCCCAGCCGCCAGAAUUUCCUUACGGCCCAGCUGUGUCGGCUGUCAGAAUCUUCUCUCAUCCUGACCAACCAAUCCCCCCCGGACGUACUGAGUCUAUUUAUGCCGAUGAAUGGCGAAGAAUUGAACAAGAGCAGCAAUUAGAAGAGAGUUCUGAGAGAAUAAGACCCGAGGGGCCGGCUGUGCGUCCUUUGUCAGAGAAGUGGGAGAAGCGUGUUGAGGACGCUAUGCGUAUGCCAAACAACAGAAAGAUUGUCGACACACUGUCUGGUGACCCCCUUACGAAGAGAGAUCUGGCCAGCUGCUUCACCCCGAUGGCAUGGCUGAACGAUGAGGUGAUCAACUCGUAUCUUGCUGUUAUCAUCGACUACCUGCGUCGCGAGAAUAAUAACGAUGGGCGUCAUGACAAGCCUCGUUAUCAUGCGUUUAACUCUUUCUUCUUCUCCAACCUGCGCGACAAGGGCUACGAUUCCGUUCGGCGUUGGGCGACCCGUGCUAAGAUCGGCAAAAACGAUCUACUGAACGUUGACACGGUCUUCAUCCCGGUUCAUAACAACUCUCACUGGACUCUCAUUGUUGUUAAACCAGUCGAUAAAACCAUUGAACACUUCGACUCUCUCGGGUCGCUUUCCCGCCGCCACGUCGGCGUCGUCAAGACGUGGCUGAAGGGCGAACUCGGGCCGCUCUUCGUCGAGAAGGACUGGGCGGUCCUGCCGUCUGUCUCGCCCCAGCAAGACAACGGCAGCGACUGCGGGGUGUUCUUGCUGUCUACAGCAAAGGCCAUUGCGGCCAACAUCGAUCCGCUGGCCUACGGGCCACAAGACACCCUUCUUCUUCGGAAGAAGAUUGUGGCGGAGUUGAUGAACGGGGGGUUGGAGGGAGACUUGGCUCCGAAAGAUGUGUACGGGGACGUCUUGUUGUAA